CGAACUACUUUCUUUUUCAUCUCCGCCCUUGUCAUCAUUCAAAAUCUUUUUACAUCCUCCAUCCGCCAUCCACCAUCAUCCAGACUACAUCUGAUAUUUCAGCUUCACUCCUGGAGAGCCCUGUUUAAUAUUGACUGACAUGACGCCUCGUAGUCAUCCACUUUUUAAAUCAAGGCAGAAAAUCCUUGUUGGCCUGGCGGUUGCUCUCGCAGCAGGGCUAUUGCUCCUCGAACUUUAUGCUCUUAACCAAGGCCGACAAGAUCUGAAAUAUACAAACGAGGAUCCAGUAGAUUCAGAACAAGGACCACAUCAGACGCCAGAUUACCUAUCCAAAAAUGAAGAAGAAGAUCUUUACAAUACCCCACCAGAAAAGAUCGGAGGGAACGGUAUCUGCAAUAACCUGCCUGAGCCUCGCCAUCCUCGUAAAUUGUUGAUUUCGCACAAAGACAAGGGCCAACCCAUCAGAAUUUUACGCUGGAGUUUCCUUCCAUACUGGCGCGAGAUCGAUUGGAAGAAGGAGUCCCUGAAACUGUGUCCUUUCCCACAUGAGCUUCAAAUAGCCAUUGAUCGAUACAAGGAAACCACUGUCAAAGACAUGUCACUCUCCUGGGGCAAAGGAUAUGCGCCAUGCUAUCUCUGGGAAAUUGACUAUGAUGAUGCUGGCAGCUGUGAAACCGAGCAGCAUGGCAAAAUCGAAUACACCAUCACACAUAAUUACACGCAAUUCAGGACCGCUGAUAUCAUCUGGAUGAACAGUCUCUUUCCAUUUUAUACUUCUGAGGCGCCAUGGUUUGAUGCAAAAUUGUUGCCCCCAAGGCUUGCGGAUCACAAAUGGGUGUCCAACUUCCACUCAGAGUCCGUAGCCUACUAUCCAUUCGUGGCCUUGCCAGAGUACAAUCAAUUGUUUGAUCUAACAGUAGGAAGUCCGCCCAGUAUGAUGGAUGUUCCCAUGCCAAUGUACCCAAUUUCACAUGAGAUGGCACUGGAUCUAGCGAACGUGGAGCCAUCUUACCCUUUUGACAGGAAACCAAGGGAUUAUAUCGCAUUCUUUGUUUCUAAUUGUUGGUCAAAGAACAGCCGCGAAAGGCUUAUGCAGGGCCUCAUUGAUGGAAUCGGUGCUCAUUCGUUUGGAAACUGCUUGCAUAAUAAGGACCUUAAUAGCGAACCAUCUGGCAAGAAUCCGAACUGGGAGCAAAACAAAAAGGAGAAGUUGAAGGAGUACCCUUUUGUACUGGCAGCUGAGAAUUCUAACUGUCUUGGAUAUGUUUCAGAAAAGAUCUACGACGCUUUAGCAAUUGGUGCUGUGCCCAUCUAUUUGGGUGCAGACGACAUUAAUGAUUAUGUACCUGAAGGAAGUUACAUCAAUGCGGCUGAUUUCAAGGAUACAAACGAGUUGGUCAAGUAUAUGAGGAAUGUUGACAGAUCGCAGUUCUUCAGAUGGAAGGCUGAUGUCAAACAGGAUGUUACCAAGUUUUGCAAAAAGUGUUUUGGCGAUAAAAACAAGAAAUUGGAGUGCAGUAUCUUGGAGCGUAUCGAAUACGUUUAGGAGAAAAGAGGGGGAAAGAAAAAUAGAUUAAUAAAUUAACAUUUGAUACUGUC